CACCUCCUUGCGCUCCGGCUGAUCAUCAUGGCAGGCAACUUCAAUUUUUACACCGAUAACAUGACCAACGCAUCCUUACUCCAUGUCAAUCAGUUUUGCCCCCGUCCAUCACUUUCUCUCCCCACCAUCCGUCUGCAAUACAUGAGCUCCUUCGCGCAACUCAAAGCACAACGCACUGCGCGCCUGACCCCAGCACUGUCUUCCGCAUCGACAUCGUACGUGAGCCCGCUGUCGACGGGCGGCAGAGCGGAUGUUCCUAUCACAAUUUCAGAGGCAGUAUCCGACUCGCUCUCGAUCUCACAUCCGCGUCAGGAACAGGUUUCUCCCGUAGAUGGUGUAGGGGAUGUCUCAUCACUCGAAAGGGGAGGAGCAGACGAGGAUGAAGGCGGUGGAACACCCGCUGUGGAGGAGAUGGCGGGAACCACAGCACCAUCCGCAUCGUCACCAAAACACGCACGGGACGCCGAUGAGGACUCUGGGCGAGCAGAAGGGCUAUAUGCAGCCCUCCCGUCAGCUUUGCGAAUACGCGUCUCACAGGACGCCGUGAGGGGACGGGGUGUGUACAUGGGUCCCGGUGCAGGAUGCACUCCUGGACAAACCCUCAUCAAGACGCGCCCACACGUGGGCGUGCUCGCAGCUGGACGGCUGGCAACGCACUGCUCCGGAUGUUUUCGUGCUGGAAGGGACGAAGGCUCGCUGAAGCGAUGCACGCUCUGUCGUGUGGUGUGGUAUUGCGGAUCCACCUGUCAAUCUGCGGAUUGGGCGGCACAUAAGCCUGAAUGCGCGGGCCUCCGGCGUGUCAUUGCGUCCUCAGGUGCUGGGCCUUCCGACUCGCCAUCUGAUAUCGCAUUACCGAGCGACGCCGUGCGCUGUCUCGCACGUAUGGCCUGGGGACGCGCGCGGAAAAGGACAAAGGCUGCGCAGAGCAUUUGGGUGCGCGAGGUCGACGGGUUAUCUUUCGCGCCUCCCGCCACGGCGCCAAGUGACAAGCAGGCACAAGAAAAGCAGUCGCUGCACACCCACCUUGCGUUGGCUCUGGUGCAUUUCAUGGGGGUUCAGACGCCAGCAGAGCUGGCUGCGAUGGGUUUCGGGUCCGGUCGCGAUUUGGCGGAGUUUGUGGGAAAAGUUGCUUGUUAUUCCAUUACCCCAUGUGCUCCACUCAACCGUUGCGCUAGUUCACCACCAAUACCUUCGCGCUCACGGAUGAAACAUUGGCGCCGUUGGGAGCCUGCGUAUCGCCAACGGUUGCGCUGCUCAAUCACUCGUGUGAGCCGAACGCAGUCGUGGUGUUUCCCACCGGGGACGGGGAGAUGCAUGUUAUUGCGCUUCGAAAUAUCCAGGCGGGGGAGGAGGUGUAUUUUGACAUCCUACAUUGACACGACGCUGCCGCGGCACAUGCGCCAGGAGGCGCUGUUGGAGACGUACCAUUUCACAUGCGAUUGUACAUUGUGCUCCGAUGCGGCAGUCGACCCACGAGACGCAGUCUGGUGCCCCAAGCGCCCUGAGUGCGAUGGCAUUUGCCGUGUUCCAACGGAUGCCAUUCCGCUCUCACUUUGCGCGAAAUGCAGAGCAGUGCUUCGGAAAACGGACGAGGUGAUCGAUGCCGUCAGGGUUGGCACUGAAGCUUUGGCCAAGGCAGAGCGGGUCCAGUUUGCUGAUCCCAGCAAAGCACGCCAAUUGGCAUCGAAGAUGACACCGAUUCUACGCUCAGCAGGUCUGCACCCGGGAUCAUAUCCGCUCCUCGCUCUAUCGAGAAUGGAGCUCGCAUCUGCCAUCGAAGAUCUGCCCUCCUCCAGCAAUACACUACUGGACGCAGCGAUCCACACCUCCACCAUGAUCGUAUCUGGUCUCACCUCCAUCCUCACCCCGGGCCACCCUGUGCGCGGAUUGGCGCUCGCGGAACUUGCGAGGCUGUGUGCUGCAGACGAGUCAUCGCCCGAUCCAACCCCAACCCCAAACCAAAACCAAAACCGGUACCCUUACAGCGGCCCUGCCCGCCUUCGGCUCGCCCUGGACACUAUGCAGCGCGCGCUCUCCGAGCUUGCUGUAGGCUUUGGAAUGGAGGGUGGUGUCAUUGGCAGACUGAUUCGCGAAGAAGCCGUCCGCGUAGAGAGAGAACUCAGCGUGUGGAAAGAGGGUGUCAGAAAUGUUCGAGAUCUAUCUUGAGGUGGGGGACGUGAUGCGCCAUCAGCUAUGCGGAGACUUUGCACGUGACUCGCAAUUGUAGGAUUGCAUCAUUUAUUGAUUACGAGGGAGAACU